AUGGCUCAAGAAGACACCACAAGCAUCAGCACCAGCACCGACACCAGCACGACCAGUGCCAGCACCUCCAGCGUGCCUGUACCUGCGCCUACGCCUGUGUCUGUACCUGUGCUUGUGCCUGAUGCCAGCGACGUCGCCGCUGUCAAUACGGAGCCCUUGACGACCUCUACUAAUUCGGUCCCUCCCCCGACCUCCUCGACCUCGCCUCCUCCUCCUCCUCCUCCAGCUCCUACUCCAGCUCCCACUCCAGCCGCCGCCGCCGCCGCCACCGCCGCCGACGUCGCCUCUGCUCCUGCUACCGCUCCUCUACCAGGACAUUGGCCACCCUCCUCGACUCCGAACUCGAACUCGACCCCCUCCGCCGAGACAUUGUCGACCGCGAGCGCGACCUUGAACGCGUCCAUUCCCGCCACGGCACCGCCGCCGCCUGCGACUGGCCCCGCGACCGCGCCUGCUCCCGCUCCCGCUCCCGUUGUCACCCCUGUGCCGCCCCUUCCGCAGCAGAACGGCCAGCAGAACAACCAACAGAACGGCGACGCGAGGGCGUCAUCCUCGCCGGCCAUGUCCCACCACCAUCAGCCUCCGGGCCACCAGAGAGGCUACCCGAGCCCGAACAACUUCAGUUCACCCGGUGCCGUGCCCCCGAACCAAUAUGCCUACCACCCGCAGCAGGGCCAGGCCCCCGCCGACCCGUAUAGAGCCGGCGCCGGCGCACCGGUCCCCUCCCUGCCCAGCAUGAAGAGUCUCGACCAUCACUACCAACAAGGCGCGCCGCCUCCCCAAGCGAUGCCGAUGCAGAUGCAGAUGGCCCCGAACCAAGGCAUGCAAUACUACCUGCCGCCAGGAGUGCAGGGCAACCCAUACAUGACGCAGGACCUGAACCACCUAAGAUAUCAGAUCCCCCACCACGACCCUAGGUUGAUGCGAGGUCCUGGCGGUCCUAAAAAGGAGAUAAAGCGUCGGACGAAGACGGGUUGCUUGACGUGUCGUAAGCGUCGUAUCAAGGUUAGUGAGAAUUUUAAGACAUUUCCUAUUCUCCGUUCAUUUUGCUUUUCCUUUCCUUUGCCGGUUGUUUUCUCCGGUUUCUUUUCUACACCCUUUUCCCUCGAUGGAAUGGGUGGUUUGGGGGCGAUGAGGGCCGACCAGAGGAAUGCAUUGGCUAUCGGAGAGAAAAGAGGCAACGGGAACCCACGCGACAAUGGCGAAGAAACAAAGUUUGCGAUAAGCGAACCGAGUCGUGGUUUCGCAAUGGGAAGCCGAGAAAAAAAACGGUCGCUUGAUGUUCGCUUGAUCUGGAGCUACUGCGAAGCGAGGACGGGAGCCAUGCCAUGCUUUUGGACCACGUUCCGGGAUCGCGCCUGCGGCUGCGUCUACGCCUACGCCUAUGCCUACGCCCGCGCCCGUCCGCGCCCGCAGGGAGGUGCAAUCUUCCGUUCCUGCAGAACCUACCGCGCGCCGCCGUCGCCCGCCCCCCUCCUUUGGGCCCUUUCCCCCCUCAAGCCUCCAGCCCCAAGCCUCAAGCCUCAAGCUUUACAGCCUUGCGACGAAGCUCAUCCGACCUGCAACAACUGCAAAAAGUCAAAGCGCGAGUGCUUGGGCUACGAUCCUAUAUUCAAACAGCAGCCAGGCCCCUCGGCCAUCCAGCCCGCCCCCAACGCCCAACGAGUGCCGACCCCAACCGUUCCAUCCAUACCUUCAUCAGUCCCGCCCACCGUCCCGACUGUGCCCUCGACCCCCACCGCUCCCCCCGUGCCUGUGCCGGUGUCUUCAUCCAACCCCUACGGUGCCCAGCCGGCCAUUCUGCCCAGCUCGUACAACCCUCCCCCCGCCACCGCCGCCACCCCCUCGCAUUCGCACUCCCCUCUCGACCCGGCCCUGACCUCGGCCACGCCCGGCCUCAAAACGGAGGCGACGUACGACUUCGCCGCGCCGAUAGAUCCUGCUCUGCAGACCCUACCCGCCCCGGCUACCGUGCCCUCCACUCAAACUCAGUCCUUCCCGGGUGAGCAAAGGGCAGCAGGCUUCGACAACCAUCUCAGAGCCGUCACUUCGCCUCGAAUCCCUCAUACUGACUGGACCCGCGCAGCCACUACAAGAAUGAAGUUCGAUGACCUCAUCGGCCUCCUGGGCCCUGCCGCUCCCACCCAGGACAUCGCCCUUACCCCGGAGCUCCUCACCGAAAUCAUCAACAUCUACCGCGAGGUCUACGCCGUCGGCCUGCAAGCCUUUUUCGAGUCCAACUGGUUCCAGAAGCAGGAUGCCCAGGGCAAGUUCUUUGUCGAAAACAGCCAGCCGCUCCUCGCUCAAUUCGCCUCGUUCCUCAAGGUUGUCCAGUCUGUGCCGGCCAAUGACCACACGCAGAUGGCCCACUCUGGGGUCCUCGAGACUCGUCUGAUCUGGUCCCUGGCCACUCUGCCGUGCAGCAGCGCCCCCCCCUCAACGAACGUCGAGGCCAAGGUGCUGCCGCCCCCGGACGACCUGACGGAAGCUGCCAACCGAGUCAGGGUUCUGGAGGCUCUCCUCUGCGGUGAUUUUCUGCCCUCGAAUUUCCUCGCGCCUCCCGUACCCGACGCGAACCCUCACCGCCAGCAGGAGUUUGAGUUUUGGCACAACCUCGCCCAGUACCUGUGCCACCACGACGCCGCCAAGCGCGACGAGAUCCUUGGCCGUCUGAGACUGCAGCUGGGAGGCAGGGAGAACCGAGACCUCAUCUACUCGAUCGCCAUCUCGCGCGAGCUGUCCCCGCGUGUCGAAGCCGGGUUCGAGAGGAACAUCCCCAAGCACCUGGACGAGUCGGACCCCAAGAACCGGCUCUGGGUUGCCAACAAGUUCAUCCAGGAUGAGGCGCAGGUCACUGGCGGGACUACUAAUAUUGUCCGACGGUUCAGCGAGAUUGCCAUCCGAGCUUACAUCAGUCCUGGCGUCAACAUCGCGACCCAUCAUGGCAGCCCGGCUGUUCCAGCACAGCCUUGA